AUGGCUGCGAACGACUGGCCAUUCGAUAACAUCGCAGGUGAUCCUCUAAUAGGCGACUCACAACAACGAUACGAAGAAGCAGGGACGUUCCAUCGCAGAUCUGCGGAUGGCUAUGAAUCCAGCGAACUAGACGGGUUUCCGUCUCGUCGGGGUAGAACAAAUAAGCUCCAGAAGCAUAACCCAUUCGUGAAAUCAAGAUCAAGCAUUUUCAAAGACAAUGUCCCCAAACCGGGCUGGUUGACUCGGGCCCUUCGACAGUGGAAGCCGUUCGGCAAGAAGGACGAACCUCUCGAAUCGAACAUGAUGCUGGACGAAGAGGAUAUUCCCUUCGACACAAUUCAACAGGAACCAGCUAGUGGAUCUGUACCUGGCCAUGAUCUUAUUAUUGCUAUCACAGAGGGGAAAGGAAAAUCGCAGAUUCGAGCGCUUUUGGCUGAGUUGCGCGAUCCGGAUGCGACCCCGGCCCAUCCAGUGUAUGGCAGUGUUCUUGCUGCUGCAGCUGCUGCAGGCUUAGUCGAAGUCGUUCGACAUCUAUUACAAGCAGGCGCAAAUCCGGACAUGCAGCUAUUUAGUGGGAAAUACGGUAGUGCACUUUGUGCGGCUGCAGCGUCGAGACAUUCUGAAACUCUGAAGAUUAUUCUGAGGACCGAAGUUGAUGUUGAUAUGUAUUUGAUUGGAGGGGAAUAUGGAAGUGCGCUUGCUGCUGCCGCUAGAGAAGGCUCGAACAGGAACGUUCAGCUUUUGAUACAAGCAGGUGCCUCGGUGAAUGCAAUUUUGAAAACUGGCUUAUAUGGUAGUGCUUUGUGCGCUGCUGUGGUUUCGCCUCAAAACCUUCAGUCUCUCCUCGACGCUGGAGCGUAUGUCGAACAGGAAGUAUAUAUAGGCACUUACGGAAGCGCCCUUGCUGCCGCCGCCGGGUCCCGAUUUCCUAAAAGCCUCGAUGCUAUCCUGGAAGCUGGCGCGGACGUCAACAGGGUACUGCUUCUUGGCGAUUUUGGCAGCGCUCUUAUUGCUGCCGCUUCUGCGACUGAUGAGUCUAGCUCUGCCAUGAAUAUCAAAACUCUGAUUAAAGCCGGCUGCAAUAUCGACAUGCAGACCCCAGUUGGUUUAUAUAGUAGUGCUCUGGCAGCGGCUGCUUCUCGUCCAAACCCGUCCCCUCGAGUCAUCGAGCUCUUGGUGAGAGCCGGUGCUGAUAUUGAUAUGCAGUUAUACUUUGGACCCCACGGCAGUGCUUUGGCUGCUGCUACUUCUGUUAAGGCAUUGGAAGCCCUUUUAAAAGCAGGAGCUGAUGCUGACAUGCUACUCGAACAUGGAAGCUUUGGAACCGCGCUUGCUGCAGCACUGCAACGAGUGUUUGAUGCUCAAAGCUCUACAAAUGAUACCGAGGAACGAUUGAUUGUAAGUACCCUUCUUGCAACGGGGGAUACAGUCAAACUCGCAUCCUGCCACGACUUUCUCAAAAGCUCUUUUGGAGUCGUAGGAAUGGGACUACUGCAGGGAAUCAUGAGAGCUCUCCGAGCAUCCCGCGGUCUUUACCUCGAUGGAACCAUCAGACUUGAAGUCCAUCAAUGCUACGUCCGCUUGUGUGUUACAACAAAAGCACUCGAGGCGCGGGAUGCAUUGGAAUGGAUUUGCCUCACUUUUCGGGAGGCAGCUCAACAUGAGAUUUCCGUUUCCACGCUCAAAAGUGGCUUCAGUGACGAGGGCUCAAAAUCACUCAAUAAGCUAGCCCCAUUCGAAUCUUUCUUUUCUAGCGCUGAAUGCUGGUAUCCUCUCUUUGACUCGGCCGUGAUCGCCUUACAGUCCUCUGUUGAACCUCGACUUAAACCAUGUGAAGGACUCGAGCUGGACUUUAAGCAGCUACUUAAGCUUGCAGCUGUCGAAUAUCCUAUCAUGGUCGAUGAUGGAAUCAUCCUCAUGGGCUACUCAACGGCACUUAUACCUAUCAAGCAGACCGACGAUAACAGGAUUAUGUGGCACUUGGAAACCGCCACAGGCGACUUUCAACUUCAGGUUUCUGACCUGCAAGCAACGCAGAAGCAAUGGCUUCGACUAACCAAUUUCGAAGAUUUGCUUUCCGCAACAGCAAUACUAGGCUGGAGCUCCAAAGCAGAAGUCCUGUUAGGCACGAACCGGCUAGUUCCUAAUGUAACAUGGUCCAAUGCCAAAGUCAAGACAUCUACCUGGCACUGGAGCGGAGCAAACCUCCAACUCAUGGCACAAACCGCGUCUCCAUUGAAUUUCGGAGCUCAAAUGGGUAUGAUGUUUGAUCGAUCCGUCAACACCAUUCAGUUCAGCCCCUCAGGAAACUACCUCAAAUGCUUGUCGAGCAGCUCCCAACAGCCUAUCAUCCUCUAUGAUGUAAAGACAAAAAGAGCCUGGCUGGUCUCAUUACUCUCUGUGCUCCAUCACAUGCUGCUGGCUUACUAUAAAACGAUAAACAAAAGCUUCAGGGCCAAUUUCCCGCCCUUCGCCGAGCCAACAUCUGACUCCCAUUGUCCGUCAUGGAAUGCUCUGCGUGACCAAGGAGGCCUUGUUCUUGAGAAAUCAACAGGAAGUGAACUAACUGUCCGCGAUCUUAUCAUGGGAUUUUCCGUGAAUCUCUCAAAGACCACCAUCCAGCCUCCAAGGGCAUCGAACAUGCAUCCGCUCACGGUAUCCUCGAUUUUCGGCUACGAAUUCGCAGACAUAGUAAUGGACUCACCAACAAGCGAGCUCAAGAAAACAUCACUUGAAAAGGAAAGUCUCGCCUGGAUAUCCCUACUCAACAACAUCAAGUGCCUCUUCUGCUCCGAUCUAGGCGAUGCCAUAAUCGGAAACCGCUCACCAUGGGAAUCCUCCCCAUGCAACAGCCUCCUCGAAGGAUACGACCUACUCGCCGCAUCCAUGCCCAGCAUGGACCUGCUCGCCCAAAGACACGGAGGCAAUGUACAUGCCUCCUCAUGCCAAUUGUCCACCGACUGUUCCUGGUGUCUCGCAGGCACCCCCUUCCAAACCUGCGAACACGAAGAGAAAGAAUCCUGCUGGGACCGACCAGGGUUCCUAGAAGAAACCCUCCAAGAGAUCAAAAGCCAAUCAGUCUCGGUGAAUGGUCCCGUCCAAAAUGGCCUUCGUCAUGGCAAUGCCAAUGGCAAUGCCAAUGGCUCUGCCGCCCGUACCCAGGGAGCUUUGGUUUUCGGUGGACAGGCUAGGGCUCGGUCUAAGACGAAGACUUUUCUCACGCUUGUUCAGUCGGCCGAGACUCGCAAGGUCUCUAUUCAUAGCGCUACUAGCUUGGUUUCGUGA